CGUCGCCGUCUUAUCAGUGGCCUACGUGACUAGACACGCGUAUUCAUACUUCACGGUUUUUAGUCGUCUACCGUCUGUUGUCAAAGGUAGUUUUUGUCUAUUUUUUUAGAAAUAAUUAAUAAAAAAACAUGGAUAUCGAUACAGACAUUUUAAUCUCUGCUGUGGAAUGCAGACCCAUCUUAUGGGAUAAAUCCCAAGAACUGUAUAGGGAUAGGAAUGGAACAAAAAACGCUUGGGAAGAAGUCUGUGUUGCACUAAAAUCAAAUUUCAACAGCUUACAAGAUAGUGAAAAAAACGAAUUUGGUAAAGAAGUAAUUAGAAGAUGGACUAAUGUACGGGAUGCCUUUGCUAAGUUUUGCAAAAAAGAAAAAGAAAAUAAAAAAUCCGGUUCUGGUGCAUUCAAACACAAAAAAUACGUUUACAAUGAUCAACUGUUGUUUUUAAAAAAAUUAUAUAUAGAACGAGAUGUAGUUGAAAACUUCGAAAACGAUAACAAUGAUACCCUGAAUAAUAUUGAUAUUGAUACUGAUAUUAACGAACAGUCGAAAACUUUGGAUGAUUAAGUUUCAACUCAAGCCACUCCCACUAGACGUGCUGGUCAAGAUUUGGGUUCUCGCUCUAAAAAACGUAAGCCUGAUGAAAUCGAGAUGAAGAUGCUGAAAGCUUUAGAAAAUGAUGUUAAUCCAAACAGACAUCUAUCUUUCUUUCGUGGAGUUUUGCCAGCAUUGGACAAAUUUGACGAAAACGAGGUUUUGAAGUUCCAAAUGGGGGUUUUACGACUCAUUUCGCAAAUCAACGAUGAAAAACAAUGAGUUUCUCUACCUUCAUUUCCUCUACAACAUGCGUCAACUUCUCAACCAUACCAUUACAUUAUGCCUGUUAGUUAUCAAUCUCCACAAACUGCCACCCAGUGUUCCCCAAACUAUGGUCAACCCUCCAAUUCAAAUACUAUUACACCGCUAAAUCGACCAUUUCAAAGUAUAUCUCCAGCCCAGUCAAGUUCUUCCUGUUAUAGUGAAAUAGAUUUUUCAACCAAUUACAGCCAGACUUAAUCUAUGUUUUACGUUUAAAUUUUUAAAGUUUUA